CCGUCACUAGUUUCGGCAAACUCACAACGCUAGCGACAGCUGUUUUGUAGCUGUGCUUCGUUUUGCUUUUUCUUUUUCUGAAAUCAACUUUUUUGUUUGAAGUACAUAAUAAUUCAACAAUUUAAACAAAAUGCCGAAAGUGCGUCGUAGCCGUAAACCACCUCCAGAUGGCUGGGAGCUGAUUGAACCAACGCUCGAGGAAUUGGAGCAGAAAAUGCGAGAAGCCGAAACAGAGCCGCACGAGGGCAAACGUAUAACAGAAUCGUUGUGGCCAAUCUUCAAAAUUCAUCAUCAAAAGACACGUUACAUCUAUGAUCUAUUUUAUCGCCGCAAGGCCAUCAGUCGGGAGUUAUAUGAUUACUGUCUAAAGGAGAAGAUUGCAGAUGGCAAUCUGAUAGCCAAGUGGAAGAAAUCUGGCUAUGAGAGUCUAUGCUGUUUGCGUUGCAUACAAACACGUGAUACAAAUUUUGGCACCAACUGCAUCUGCCGUGUGCCCAAGUCAAAACUGGAAGAAGGACGCAUCGUGGAGUGCGUACAUUGUGGAUGUCGGGGUUGUUCCGGCUAAUAUUGGAUAUCGAGAAUGAGAGCCAAAACAAAAAACAAGAACUUUUGCUGUUCUAACCCCAAUAUAUCCAUUAUAGCAUAUAGAUUUUAGGUACACACACACACACACACACAAACAAUGACUUUUGUUAUUGACUUUUACUUCAUUUAUUCUCUAUUUUUUUUUGUACAUCGAAUUUUAAGAUCGUGGCUUCCUAAGAGUAUGUAAAUAUAAUAAACUACCAGCAAAUGGGAGUCUACUUAAA